GGAAGAAAUGUCAGAAAUAAACCUCCUGCCAACUGUCGCCUCAUUGUGGACAAUUUAUGGUGGGUGUGUGAGCAGAGAGCUAGCUGUUGAUGACUAGCUGUAAAGAUUCAGUGGACGGCGGGUGACGGAUCUAAGCGGAGGCUGGGAAACAAAGGAGGUAGGCAAAAAGGGAGGAGUAAAUGAGAGAGCGGGAGCAGGCAGUAGAUAAAGCUGCAGCCAGGACCAUGAGCUGCACCCUUGUGACUGCAUCUUAUGAUUCGCUGCCUGCUCAGCUGAGUCCCCAUCGUGUAAAUGAUCAACACUUUGCUCGAAGGCUUUCAUCUCCUCACGGUUUGGGAGCCCGCACCUCAUCCGUGCCACGUCGUCCUUCAGCUCUGCCUGGAUAUCCACUUUCUUCCUUCCAGGAGCCAAACAACCUCCACAAUCAUCAUCAUCAUCAUCAUCAGCGUUUCUCCCCGUCACUAGGUUCCAAAGCCUCGCUGGCGCCCCCUGUGCCUCAAGCAGACCCUGCCCCACCAUGCUGCCAAGCGGUGGGCAUUGUGCCACUGCUACGCCUGGCACUACUCAUCUUCAGCUGCCUCUUCUGGGCAGCCGGGUUGGCGGUCUUCACCCUAGGUGUCUGGGCACAAGCAUCCCUGGCCGACUACAUGCUGCUUUCCUCUAACCACUACCCCAAUGCUCCAUUGAUACUUCUAGCUACAGGGGCUGCUAUCACCACCUGGGGUUUCCUGGGUUGCCUGGGUGUGGCAGCCAACUUGCCCUGCCUUCUCCGCACCUAUGGCUUCUUCCAGCUGGCUGUGCUAAUGGGGGGAUUGGCUGCUGGACUUUCAGGACUCUUCUACAGGGAAGACAUCGCUGGAGGUUUCCGCAGCGGGCUACAGAAGGCAGUGGAGGGCUACGGAGAAGACGAAGGACGUGCUGACGCUCUGGACAGCCUUCAGAGGGCGCUGAAGUGCUGUGGGGCAGAGGGCUGGCAUGACUGGCUCCUGUCUGACUGGGCUGUACAGGAUGCUGUUUCACUGACAAGUAGCUCAGGCAAUGACACGUAUUAUGUGUCUGUACCGGACAGUUGUUGCAUACGGCGCAAAGGCUGUCAUAACAGGCCGCUGCCAGAAGGAGGAACUGGUAGCAUUGAAGGUGUGGGGAUUCACCCACAUGGUUGCUUCAAGAAAGUUUUUAGUUUUGUCAAUGAUAACGUCUUUCACAUUGCUGCUGCUGUCCUAGCUCUUGCUUUUACCCAGGUGGCGGGUAUAAUUCUGGCAUGCCUGCUCGCCAACCGCCUACCUGCUCAGCCUCAUAGGCGAGGCCGCUAAGAAAUUCCAGGUCAGUAUCAGUUGUUCUAUGAAAAGCCCGGUUUAGAUGGACUUAGACUGUACUUAUAAACAAUUUAAUCUUAGAGCAAAAGGAAUUUUUCAGUAAAGAAUGAUCAUUAAUAGUGCUUCUCUGCCAGCGCUUCUCCAACAGUAUGGUUCACUAUGGUUCAUUCAAACCCAGGACUGUCCAUACACUGGCCUGUCCUUCCCCAUCACAUAACCUGGGAAAGUAGUUUCCAUUUUCUCUGGAGGUUUUCAAGUGGUGACAGGCACAAAAAACAAUUUUGAAAUAAAACCAAAAUCCCAAAUGUCUUUGUACACUAUACGUGGGGGUACUAUGUAGUGUGUUCAGCUCCAUUGUUAUAUCUGAUAUAGGAAGCAAACCAAGUGAAUAGGAAGCCAUCUGGGAUUUGUCAUAGAAGAUGUAAAAGAAAUGUAAAAUAAAGAUAAUAGUGAUAAGAAAACAUUAGAUACAUUAAAUUGCUAUGAUGUUGCCAGACUUUUUAAAAGAGUAAGAAAAUUUGGUAGACUUUCACUGCUAGCCUUUUUGUGAGUUUAAUCACAAACUCACUUUGCCAGAGUUUAACCAAUAGAUGGUUUACAUUAUUUUUAGCUCCUUCUCCUAUGUCCUGGCUUAGGUUGCAUGGCACCUGGGCAAACUGGUAAAGAAUUUCAGCACGGGUAUUUAAGUACGGAGCGGCUCGCAUGACAGUGGAAAUAGCAAUUGAGUAAUUGUAGGCAAUUUGGCAAGCUCUGCCAUGCUGCACUAUCCUGCAGAAAGAUACUAUACCAUUAAAUUUUAAACCAGAGUAAGUGUAAAUGGUGUCUAAUAAGUGUACAAAACAGUCCCAAGACUGGUAUGAGAUACAAAGGUGCUUUCAGCAUCUGCACAAACAAUGGGUUCUGAAACGUUCUCUGAAACCCACUGUUAUCUAUACUGCAUAAGAUUUUUGUUAUACAAACUGUUUUAUAUUUUGAGAAAAAUUAUGAUGUAGCCUACUAAAUCAGUGUGUUAAACAUUGCCAUUUUGUGGAUUUUCAUGUAAUUUUAUUUUGUGCAUUUUUAACCAUGCAUUUUACGAAUUCUUCUCAGUUGUAUUUGUGGAGUAAUAUAAGUAGACCACACAUAUUGUAUAUAAUAGCUGUAUGUUGUGUAAUAUCUGCAAAAGCCCUCAAACAUUAUGGUGACUAUUCCUUCUAAAAAAGGGGGUAUAGAGAACUACUGAUUUUAAAAUGUUAGAGGAUUUAUAUGUAUAUUUAUUCAUUGUUGAGUGAAAAUUGCCAACAUAAUAUACUCUGCUUUGACUUGCAGUUUUAAUUUUAAAAAGAACAGCUAGAGCUGUAAAUCCCUCUGCAUUUUAUAUAACCUUCAGCCCUAGUCUAAUUCACUAUCAAUACUUACUAAUGAUACUAAUAAUGCUAGUGAUUCUUCUUAGCUGUGUGUGAAUGCAUUCGUUUGUGGUGAGCUAGAUCUCCAGGAGCAGGGUUGACCACCUCCAGGGGCUAUUCAGCAUAUCAAGACAGUCUGCAAAGUUCUAAUAUAUAAAAUAAAAAAUAUAUUAUUUCUAUCCUUAUCAAUUUUCUACAAAUACAAUGACACAGCUGCAGCUGAUCCAACUAUUUCUCUGAUGGCCACUAACUAAGCACAAAUUUUACAUAGUGUGGUAAAUGAAAUCCUGCUGGAUUUCGUUUCUUAAGUGGCUGUUCUGAUUGACUACGGAGAAGAUGAGAUCUGCUACUGUGGAUGUUUUAAAGCCAGUUAAAAUUCUGGAGAGCAGGACUAUUUCAUAUAUUGUAUAUUAUAUAUUGUAGGGCAGCUGAUAAAUGAGAAACUGAGGAGUGCUUUGAUGUGUUUGGACAACUAUAAAGAAGAAGCUUCUUUUGCUUUUGUAAACCAAAAAUUAGUGGUCAUG